CUAGUCAGUGUAUUAUCUGAGUGGCCAUAACCCAAUCAAUCUCACCGGGUCUUGCUGAUUGUCGGGCCGCCGGCCGUCGUUAUUAUACAGUACUCCUGAGCAAAAAAAAAAAAUCUGCAAUGGCGGCCGCUAGAGCGAUGGUAUCGGCGAGCAACACUAUCACGACCUCCAUACUUUCCAGAGGCCCUUUCAGAAGUCAUACCGCUCUAAAUAUCUGCCUCAAGCGCGCGCCGUCGCUGAAGAGGCGGCUCUUCACUUGCAGCGCCAUCUACCGGCCCCAAGUUCAGAUCAAGGAAGAAGGCAAGCCUGAGACCCUCGAUUAUCGCGUCUUCUUUGUUGACAGUUCCGGCAAAAAGGUGUCUCCAUGGCAUGAUAUACCUCUUCACUUGGGUGAUGGUGUCUUCAAUUUCAUUGUUGAAAUCCCAAAAGAAUCGAGUGCAAAAAUGGAGGUUGCUACUGAUGAGCAGCACACUCCCAUCAAACAAGAUACCAGAAAAGGGAAACUUAGAUACUACCCGUACAAUAUUCAUUGGAAUUAUGGAUUGCUUCCUCAAACGUGGGAAGACCCUUCAUUUGCAAACUCUGAAGUUGAGGGAGCCCUUGGAGACAAUGACCCUGUUGAUGUUGUUGAGAUUGGUGAAAGACGUGGCAAAAUUGGCGAGGUGCUAAAAGUUAAACCUGUAGCUGCUUUAGCAAUGAUUGAUGAGGGAGAACUUGAUUGGAAGAUUGUGGCAAUUUCACUAGAUGACCCAAGAGCAUCACUUGUUAAUGAUGUUGAGGAUGUUGAGAAACAUUUUCCGGGCACACUUACGGCAAUCAGGGACUGGUUUAGAGAUUACAAGAUCCCUGAUGGAAAACCUGCUAACAAGUUUGGUCUUGGAAAUAAGCCAGCAAACAAGGACUACGCCCUGAAGGUCAUCACAGAAACCAACGAGUCUUGGGCUAAGCUUGUCAAAAGAUCGAUUCCAUCUUGUGAUCUUUCACUUGUUUAAUUUGCAGGUUUUAGAGUAUAAGAUGUGUAGCUUGUUGACAUUAAUAAAAGCUUGAGUCUUUCAAUCAAGACCUGAUUUUUUUUAUUAUUCUUGCAAUGAAAUUUCUUUUCUUGGUGCAAAUCCGGCAUUCUGUGUUAGCUGCGGAAAACGAACAGAUCGGCUGCAUUUAUUUACGUAAUACGGAGUAGCAGUUUAUCAUUUUUAGGCGUUGGAAUCCGAAAUGAAACGUUGUUUUUAUCCAAGAUUGAAUAGAUAUGAAGAUAAUGUAAAUUGAACCAAUGUGAUCCACGUGAUUGAGCAUCCCAAAUAACACCAUCUUAUAAAAAUAAUAUGUAAUUCCGUUU